AUGAGCACUCGUGCACGCGCAGAAAAAGGCCGUUUUAUUACUGGCAGCACAGAAUUCGACAUUAUUCCGCAAAAAUGGCGACAGGAAUGGGUAACACGUCCUGUGCAGACAAAAGAUGGUAAAGCGGAAACAAAUAUGUCGUUUAAAACGUUUUGUUGGGUACCGGUUAAAGAACCUGAAAGCACAGAAACCCCAGGAAAGGCCUCGGAGCAGGGCGUUGAAGAUAAACCUGUGAUGUCUGCAUCAACAGGAGAUCCGGCUGUAGCAGAAAACAGUUAG